AUGAGUUCGUUGCAGGUUUGGUUUAAGAAUCGCCGCGCAAAAUGGCGUAAACAAAAGCGUGAGGAACAAGAGCGGCUGCGUAAAUUGCAAGAGGAGCAAUGCAGUGGUGCUGGCAACAACACAUCGACUGGGGUGGCUGGCGCCUCAAGCUUAGGCGCUGUUAACGGCACCGGUGCGGUAAUGGCCGCUGUGGCGAAUCUAAAGUGUGUCGCCGAGGAUUAUGCCAGCCAAUUGAGUCAUCACAUUAAAACGGAUCCUAAUAGUUAUAAUAGCGAUGCGGAUGAGUCAUCGGACUUGGAGGUGGCAUAAAAGCAUGCUACACAUUCAUUUGUACAUACAUACAUGGCGUGUUGUAAUUGUAGAUAUCCCUCCUAAUUUUUAAAUGAGAUGUAAAUUAUAAUUUUUA